GGACGCCCGAGCCUGACGUCGGCCUUUGCCAAGAUGGCGGCGGGCAGUGGCGGCGCGGGCGGCCAGGCCAGGAAACGUGAUGGCGAUUCCGGCUUCCUGGGGCUGCGGCCCACCUCGGUGGACCCGGCGCUCAGGCGGCGGCGGCGAGGCCCGAGAAAUAGGAAGCGGGGCUGGCGGCGGUUGGCCGAAGAGCCGCUGGGGCUGGAGAUCGACCAGUACCUGGAGGACGUGCGGCUGCAGGAGCGCACGAGCGGGGGUUUGUUGUCCGAGGCGCCCGAUGACAAGCUCUUCUUCGUGGACACUGGCUACAAGGAAAAGGAGCUGAAGAGGAAGAGGAGGAAGGCCCUGCUGCUCAAGAAGCCGCUGCGCGCCGAUCUGGUCCUGGAGAACACGUCCAAGGUCCCAGCCCCCAAAGAUGUCCUCGCCCACCAGGUCCCCAACGCCAAGAAGCUCAGGCGGAGGGAGGAGCUGUUGGAGAAGCUAGCGGCGCGAGGCGAGCUGCCACGGGAGGCUCGGAAGGCCCAAGCCCGCCUCCGCCGCCCUCCUGCACCCAAGGCCCAGCCGGGGCCUCAGCAGGCCGCGGAGCGGCCCUUCUAUGACCUCUGGGCCCCCGACAACCCCCUGGACAGGCCCCUGGCUGGCCAGGAUGAGUUUUUUCUGGAACAGACCAAGAAGAAAGGCGUGAAGCGUCCGUCGCAUCUGCAUAUCAAGCCUUCCCAGGCACCUGCCGUGGAGGUGACAGCUGCAGGAGCCUCCUACAACCCCACCUUCGAAGACCACCAGAGGCUGCUCCUGGCCGCCCACGAGGUGGAGCUGCAGCGGCAGAAGGAGGCGGAGAAGCUGGAGCGGCAGCUGGCCCUGCCCACGGCGGAGCAGGCCGCCACGCAGGAGUCGGUGUUCCGGGAGAUGUGCGAGGGGCUCCUGGAGGAGUCGGAUGAGGAGGGGGAGCCUGGCUGUGGUGAGGACCCUGAGUCUGGGGCCGCUGAGGGCUUGUCUGCCCCUGCCCGCCUCGCCACUGGCGAGAGGAAGACGGAGCAGCAGCGGCGGCGGGAGAAGGUGGCGCGUGCGCUGAGGGCACAGCAGGCCAUGCUGCGGGCUGCUCGCCUGCGGCACCAGGAGCUCUUUCGGCUGCGUGGGAUCAAGGCCCAGGUGGCACGGCGGCUGGCGGAGCUGGCACGGCGGCGUGAGCAGCGGAGGGUGCAGCGGCUGGCAGAGGCGGACAAGCCCCGCAGGCUGGGGCGGCUCAAGUACCAGCCCCCCGAGAUUGAUGUGCAGCUCAGCUCGGAGCUGUCUGACUCGCUGCGGACCCUGAAGCCCGAGGGCAACAUCCUCCGCGACCGGUUCAAGAGCUUCCAGAGGAGGAACAUGAUCGAGCCGCGGGAGAGAGCCAAGUUCAAACGCAAGUACAAAGUGAAGCUGGUGGAGAAGCGAGCGUUCCGCGAGAUCCAGUUGUAGCUGAGCCCGUGGCGGGCCGCCUUCUCCAAUAAAGUGCCUGUGACAGCA